AUGGGAGCGCUGUCCGUGGUGCUGCUGCUGGGGCUGGGGCUGCCCCUGGGCGCCCUGGGCUGCCCCCAGCCCUGCGCCUGCUACCUGCCCACCGAGGUGCACUGCACCUUCCGCUCCCUGGCAGCCGUGCCGGCACGCAUCCCCAGACACGUGGAGAGGAUCAACUUCGGGUUCAACAGUAUACAGUCUAUAUAUGAAAACUCCUUUGCAGGGCUUACAAAAUUGGAAUUGCUCAUGAUACAUGGAAAUGACAUUCAGAAUAUUCCUGAUGGUGCUUUGAAAGAUCUUGUGUCUCUACAGGUUUUCAAAAUUAGUUACAACAAAUUGAAAGCCAUAACUGGCCAAACACUCCAAGGACUUUCAAGCUUAAUGAGACUGCACGUGGACCACAACAGAAUUGAGUUUAUUCAUCCAAAUGCUUUUAAUGGUUUAACCUCUCUAAGACUUGUCCACCUAGAAGGAAAUUUGCUCCAGCAGCUUCACCCCAACACCUUUUCAACAUUUAUGGUCCUUGAUUAUUUCAAAUUGUCAACAGUAAGACAUCUCUACCUAUCUGAAAAUGCUCUUAGGACCUUGCCUGCUGGGAUGUUUCAGGGCAUGCCACUGCUGGAAAAUCUUUACCUUCAUGGAAAUCCAUGGGUCUGUGACUGCAGUUUGAAGUGGCUCCUUGAAUGGAAUGAAGUUUCUGGAGGUGUUUUAAAAUGCAAAAAGGACAAAGCCUAUGAAGGGGGACAGCUGUGUGCUAAGUGCAGCAGCCCAAAACAACUGCAGAAAGAAGAUAUUCAAAACUUGAAAGAUAUUUCCUGUAGGAAGCCUGUCAUUCAGUCCUCACUAAGGCAAAAUAGCAGUACUCAGGAUGAGGAAGAUGGUGACAAUUAUGAACUCCCUCUGGAAGAACUUCAGUCGUCAUCAUGGAACAUUGCUCUAAAUAUGACUGAUGAGCAUGGCAAUAUAGUCCACCUGAACUGUGAAAUCAAAAAACCAACAGGUUCUACCAAAAUUCAGUGGAAUCAAAUCCAGACUCAGGAGAUAGAUAUAAAUGCCACAAUUGCACUGGAUUUUGAAUGUCCAAUGAAUCGAGAAAACUAUGAAAAACUAUGGAAGCUUAUAGCUUACUACAGUGAAGUACCUGUCAAAUUAGAGAGGGAACUUAUGCUCAGAAAAGAGCCUAAAAUAAGCUAUCAGUACAGGCAAGGCUCAGAUUAUGAUGCUCUUUAUUACACAGGUGUAAAAGCUCAAAUACUGGCUGAGCCUUCCUGGGUGAUGCAGCCUCUUAUAAAUAUCCAAUUAAACCGUCGCCAGAGUACAGGGAAAAAAGUGGUGCUAUCUUUUUUUACUAUGUUUUCUCAGACAAUUCAUACCAAAACCACUAGGCAGAAGAGAAACUGGGUAAUGAUAGAGCAAAAUCAAAGCACAAGGACUGUACAGAAUGUGGUGGAAGGGUCAGAGUGCCGGCUGAGCUGCAGUGUGAAAGCUUCUGAGAGCCCCUCCAUUCAGUGGCUUUUUCAGGAUGGAACUAAACUGAAGGCACCUUUUAAUGAGCAAGACAGUAGGUUUUCUGUUCUCAGUAGUGGCCAGCUAAUAAUCAAACCAGUGAGUUACACUGAUGGAGGUGUGUACCACUGCAUUGCCCAAGUGAGAGAUGAUGUGGACAUAAUGGCUUACAGACUCGUUGUGCAGCCUGCAGCUAUUCAGGUAGCUGAUUCAGAUGUAGUGAGAGUUGAAAAAAGUGUUGGAGAUCCAAUAGCUUUGCCAUGCAAUGCAAUUGCCAUCCCAGACCCCCAGUUGAGCUGGAUUCUUCCUAACAAUCAGGUACUCAAUGAUUUAUCAAACUCUUCAAAAGGCUAUAUGCUGCCCAAUGGUACUUUGUUUAUUCCAAGGAGCCAUGUCACUGAUAGUGGCCACUACAGAUGUGUGGCUGUCAAUCAGCAGGGAUCAGAUCAGUUUGUUGUAAGGGUCACAGUAAAUAAAAUGGUGUCUGACAGGUCAUUUAAACGAAUAAGACUAAAGAAGCGCCCGGGCUCAAAAGGUUUAUCAAAAACAAGAGGACAGGUCAUAGAUGAUGGAGAGGGAUCAGGGGCAGGAGGGGUGGAGGAGUUGCCACGAAGAAAGAACCGCCUAAAAGACUGGGAAAUACCUUUUAAACAAAAAAGUGACCGAGUUCCAGAGGCUCAAAUCAAAAAGGGGAAGAAGGGGAGAAAGAAAAUGAAAAUCUGGAAAAGUACAGAUGGAACCCAAGACAGCAAUGUAGCAGAAGGCCGGAGAGUAUUUGAAUCUCGAAGGAGAAUUAAUGUGGCAAGCAAACAGAUUAACCCGCAGCAUUGGGCUGACAUUUUGGCAAAGGUCCGUGGGAAGAAUCUUCCUAGAACAGCAACAGCUACAACCAUCUCUGUAACAACAUCACUGCCAUCAGUCAUGCAGGAAACUACUCCUGCCCCUUAUCCCUUAGCCAGCCCUCCUCCUUCAGAGACAGGAGCUGAUGUGGUGGAUUCCUCUGCUGAUGCAUCACCUGUGGGUGAAGAUGAGCAAUUCUCAGUCACUGUUUCACAGAACACGGAACUGUUUUCAGCCCAGUCUGUAUUAAUAAGGUCAGAAACUGAACCAUUCUCCAACCACAGGGCUUUAGAAACACCUGCAAGUGUAGACACAGUAGAAAUUGCUUUAUCAGGUUCAUAUUUGACUCCUGUCUCUGCAACUCCACAACUGCAAGGGGAGCAGCAUCUUGAUGUCAGGACAGAUGAUUCAGUUGCCCUUACUGAAGAACCUCUAGCCAAACAAAUUGUGACAAACUUUCCUAAUGUUCAGAGCAGUUUAUUCACAGUGGGAAAUAUAGAUAAAACUGUAUCUUCUAUAUCUAAAGGAAAUUCUGCUUAUGCUGAGCUACCACUUGAUGCUACUCUGCUUGCUGAGUCUCAGACUGUCAGUCUUCAUAACACCUUGGAGACAAGCUUGAAGUUCAAUGAGUUGGGCCCAAUUAGUGUUGACACCAUAACUUCGGCACCUUCUCAGUUUGAUGAGAUCAUCCCAACAGAUUCUGUAGGCACUACUACUGUUCCUUCAUCUACUUUUCCAUUUGUUAGAGAAAAGAGCGAUGAUGCAAGAUACCAGCACAAAAAGAUACCCGCAAGUCAUGCAAAAACUACAGACUUCAACAGUUUUCCAGCUGUCACACCCAUCAGGGUUCAGAGCAAAGAGGAGCCUGAAACCCACAGGAAUACAGUGACUCAAGAAAGCACGUCCAGCAGUUAUGCAGACCGUUCUCAGACAGAGGAACGUAGAAACCUGGCUAUUCCAAAACAAGGUCCCAUAUUCAUUUUGCAUAGUGCUAAUGCUCCCCGUAGAACAGCAGAGGGGUUAGAAACAGCUUCUUCCAUCAGUAGAUUCACCACUGUGACCACCACAACUCCUCCAUAUAGAAAGACCAUGCCUUCAGUUAAUACUCAGCAUGGUAGAAAAAGGCCUUAUGGGAGAAGGAGAAGGCCAAACAGAAUCCGACAAAGACCAAAGCCUUUGCCCCGUGUUGUUUUGACCACAGAGGCAAUGCCUAUAAUUCCAAGGACACCUGAAAUUGAACCUGUUACCAAAACUACUUCUGCAAGUCUUGAAAGUCCUGAUCUUAAAAACAUUGAAAUACAGGCUGGGAAAGAUGAGAGUAUGAAAUCCACUCCUUCAUUAACUCCUGAUUUAGGUGUCACAGAGAAAAUUACAAAAAUCAGAGAUGUGCUCACAGCUUUCUCUUUUAGGCCUACUACUUCUCUACCUGAAGCUAAGCUUGUGACAUACCCUACUAGCCCUGAAACCUUGGAACUUCCAGUGACUACACCCAUCACAAUUUUAUCAUCAUAUGCUGUACAUGAUGUGCUUCCCACAAAAGAGUCAAGUGUACCUCUGAGACCAGAGCAAAGUGAAGUGCCAGCAAACCACUCAUUUGACAAUGUCUCUGCAGAGAAAGACACGAAAGUAGAUUCUAAAACUGUGGAUCAUAAGGCAGAACAAUCAAGCGCAACAACUUCUCCUGCAUAUAAGAACAGCUCAAUAAUAUCAACAAAACCAAAAUCUCACGAAGAGCCUAACCUAUUUGACUUAGAAGUUGUGGUUAAUGAAACAACUGCUGGAGCAUUCCAGAUGGCAUAUCCCACUAUGUAUGACUUAAGUAUUCCUGUUGGCACAGUCGAAGUUUUUAAGGACCUCUCAGAUUCAAAGGAGCAAUGGAAGCCCACAGUAUCUAUAGAAACACCAGCAAAAGCUGAGCCACCUCAGCAAUAUGAGACAAUUACUUUAUCCUCUUCUUUCAGCACUGCAGAAACUCAGACUUUUCCAGUUAGAGAGACAAAGACAUCUGUUACUUCCCCGGCUGGGACAGAGCCAUCUUCCUUGGAUAGAAGGGAAUCUAUGUUGCAUGUGUUUCAUCAUUUGCAGACAACUGAAAAGCCUUCUAUUACAACCACUGCUUUUAGUCCGUUUAUAAAACUUGUCACUCUUCUCCCUUCCGUUUCAAGCACUUCACAUCCUUCUCUUCCUUAUACCACCAAGGAGAGUAAUGUCUUUAAUCAAGAAAGGUUCCCGGAAGAAAAACAAGUUGGAGCAGGUAGUGACAAAAUAGCAAUGACUUCAAAACAGAAUGUUCACCCUACUCCUUCCUCUAACCAAAACAGGAUUAGCAUACAGUCAAAGGAAAAGCAAUUCAAAGAGGUGUACAGUAGCAAGUCGAACAACAGUUUACUGCUAAAUCCAGAUCUUCCCCAUCCACCUGCUGGAAUGAUACCAAGCAUAAACCAGAGACUACCUGUUGUGCCUCCAAAGCUCAUUCCAAUAAGAGGCAUGGUGAAGAUUCCUGCAACACAGAGCCCACUUCGCUAUUUUAUAACACAUCAGCCUCUUCACUACACAAACAAACCAGAGAUAACAGCAUAUGCAGCACACACCAUCCAGGACAGAAAAACCUUUGCUUCCCAGAGAGAAACAACUACCCCAACACAAGCCUCUCCAUUUCACAAAACAAAUCCAUUAGCUGAAAGCAAGUUCAGUAAUCAGGGUCAGAACAGAUACAAUAUUAAUUCAAGAUUUUUUGGAAAUAACCAUGUUCCAGAUAACAGAGUCACAUCGGGAAGACUUCCAAGUCAGGGGAUCCCCUAUUACCCUAGUUCCAGAAUACCAUUCCUUUUCAACAGAACAAGGAUAUUUUCUCACUUAAAUAUUCAUCCUAAACCAGAUGUUGAUAGUCAGUUAGUGCCAAAAGACACAAAUGAGAAGAAGGUGGCUCAGGUCUUACCUACUGGGAUUACAGUGCAGAAAGCUACAGCUAUUCCAGUGCUUCCAGUACCACAUGUCACAACAACGACCUCACCACCAGUGAUCUUAAAGAUCACCCCUCCAGCCAUUCUCUCUCAGCACACAAAACCACAAAUAACCACUACAGUUCAUCCUUUUAAAAGUGUCCAUCAUCGUCAUCAAAAAUUUCCAUCUGUUCCUUACAUAGGAGGCAUUAUGCCACACAAUUUGUCUGUAAUUCAGUCUUCCACUAAUUUUAGGAUACAUGGAGAAAGACCUAAAAUUAUCACAAAAGCGUCUCAGAGCAUAUCCAUCCUUGCUGAAACGGAUGCUUUUAUCCCUUGUGAUGCAGUAGGGGAACCCAAGCCUUUUAUUACUUGGACAAAAGUCUCUACAGGAGCUCUAAUGACAGCCAACAGCAAGUUACAAAGGUUUGAAGUCUGGAAAAAUGGUACUCUCCUUAUCCGAAAUGCUCAGCUUCAGGAUCGUGGGCAGUAUUUAUGCACAGCUCAGAACCUGCAUGGCGUUGAUAAAAUGAUUGUUGUGCUCACAGUUGUAGCCCACCAGCCCAAAAUUUUACUUUCCCGCUAUCGAGAUGUCACGGUCUACUUUGGAGAGACCAUAGCAAUGGAAUGUCAGGCUAGUGGGACUCCAAGCCCUCUAAUUUCAUGGAUUUUCCCAGAUAGGAAGAUUUUGCAGACAGUCACAACCACAGAAAGCAGGAUAAUGCUUUAUGAAAAUCGAACCUUGUCCAUCAAGCAAGCAACUUUUUCAGACCGAGGAGUUUACAAAUGUGUAGCAAGCAAUGCUGCAGGAGCUGACAGCAUUGCAGUGAGGCUGCACAUUGCAGCCUUACCGCCCAUCAUCCAGCAGGAAAAGCAAGAGAACAUUUCCUUGCCCCUUGGCAGCAGUAUUAACAUCCACUGCAGUGCCAAAGCAGCACCUUCUCCCAGCAUCCGCUGGGUGGUCUUUGAUGGCAUGCAAAUCCGACCUUCUCAGUUUGUCAAUGGGAAUUUAUUUGUUUUUCCCAAUGGGACUCUUUACAUUCGCAACGUGUCCCCCAAGGACAGCGGGACCUACGAGUGCAUUGCUGCUAACAUGGUGGGAGCUGCCAGGAGAACAGUGCAACUCCACGUGAAGAAGCAUGCAUCCAACGCUAAGAUCACUGGGAGCUCUCCUCAGAGGACAGAUGUGACAUAUGGUGGCAUCCUGCAUUUGGACUGUAGUGCUUCUGGUGACCCUUGGCCUCGGAUAUUAUGGAGGUUGCCUUCCAAAAGGAUGAUUGAUUCCCUUCACAGCACUUUGGAGACUAGAAUCAAAGUAUUCAGCAACGGGACUUUGGUUGUUCAUUCAGUUACAGACAAAGAUGCAGGAGACUAUUUGUGUGUGGCCCGCAAUAAGAUAGGGGAUGACUACGUGGUCCUCAAAGUGAAUGUGAUGAUGAAACCAGCAAAAAUAGAACGUAAGAAUGAGAAUAACCACAAGGUCAAGUACGGAGGGGACCUGAAAGUUGACUGUGUAGCCACAGGUCUGCCAAACCCAGAGAUCUCCUGGGGCCUUCCUGAUGGCAGCAUGAUCAAUACCUUCAUGCAGUCGGAUGACAGCGGCAGCCGGACGAAGCGAUACGUGGUCUUCGAUAAUGGAACCCUGUAUUUCAACGAUGUUGGGCUGAGAGAGGAGGGGGACUACACCUGCUAUGCUGAAAACCAGAUUGGGAAGGAUGAAAUGAAAGUGCGGGUCAAAGUGGUGGCAGAGCCUGCAACCAUCAGGAACAAAACAUACAUCACUGUUAAUGUACCUUACGGCGAUGUUGUCACUGUAGCAUGUGAAGCCAAAGGAGAACCCACUCCCAAAGUGACCUGGCUUUCCCCAACCAACAGGCCUAUCCCUGCCCUGUCUGACAAGUACCAGAUAUACAGAGAUGGCACCCUCCUCAUCCAAAAGGCCCAAAGGUCUGACAGCGGUAACUAUACUUGCGUAGCACGGAACAGUGCCGGAGAAGAUCGGAAGAUCGUUUGGAUCCAUGUUGACGUUCAGGCUCCCAGAAUCAAUGGUCAUCUCAGCGCAAUAACAUCUGUGAGGGAGACAGCCAUCAGAGACAGCCGGAAACUUAUUGACUGCAAAGCUGAGGGCAUCCCUACUCCACGUGUCUUAUGGGCUUUCCCCGAAGGAGUCAUCUUACCGGCCCCCUACUAUGGGAACAGGAUCACUGUGCAUCGCAAUGGUACCUUGGACAUCAGAGGGGUGAGGCAGACAGACGCCGUGCAGCUCGUGUGCAUCGGGCGCAACGAGGGCGGGGAAGCGAGGCUGCUUGUGCAGCUCCUCAUCACAGACCAUGUGGAGAAACCCUCCUUCAGAGACCCUGUCAGUGAAAGGAUCACUGCCAUUGCUGGGCACAGCAUCAAUCUGAACUGCUCAGUACAGGGGAACCCCAAACCCAGCACAAGCUGGAUCCUUCCCAACGGCUCUGAAGUGCUGAGUGGCAGUCACCUGCACAGAUUUUACCAUAAGAGGGAUGGGAUCUUACACAUCAGCAGCUUGUCUGCUGGGGAUGCUGGGACUUACCGCUGUACGGCCAGAAAUGCAGGAGGUUAUGUGGAACGAGUAGUCUUCCUGAAGGUGGGACUCAGGCCAGAAAUCAGCAACCAGUACAACAACCUGGUGAGCAUCAUCAAUGGAGAAACUCUGCAGCUUCAUUGCAUCACCCAGGCAAACCACCGGGCGCAGAUCUCCUGGACCCUGCCCAAUGGCAUGGUUAUGGAUGCCCCCCAGGCUGUGGGUCGCUUUUCCCUGAUGGAGAAUGGCUCACUGACAGUGCGGGAGGCUUCUGUAUUUGACAGGGGCACUUACAUGUGCAAAGUGUCAACAGAGUAUGGCACUUCUGUCAUGACUGUGCCUGUCAUUGUGAUCGCCUAUCCUCCUCGGAUCACCAGUGAGCCAGCACCUGUUGUUUAUGCCAGACCUGGAAAUUCAGUUAAACUGAACUGUAUGGCCAUUGGGAUUCCUAAAGCAGAAAUAACUUGGGAGCUUCCAGAUAAAUCACAUCUGACGACAGGAGCUCAAUCCCGUCUGUAUGGAAACAAAUUCCUCCAUCCUCAGGGGUCAUUAGUCAUCCAGCAGUCCACUCAAAGGGAUGCGGGCUUCUAUAAAUGCACUGCUAAAAAUAUACUAGGCAGUGAUUCCAAAACAACCUACAUACACAUAUUCUAACAUUUUAACAAGUGCCUUUGACUGGAUACUGGUGUUAUCACUGCCAAACGGGUGCAAUGAGAAAAGUACUGCUUGCAACAAUGGCUAAAGAGAGAAAAGAAAAAGGAAUUAAUCUGCAUUUCUUUUGUACUCAAUAUGGUAGUAAGUCUGGAACUAUAACUAACAUGUUGAAAAAGAUCUUCAAAUUGUUAAGACAGUGUAAUGUGGGUUUUCAUGCUAUCCAAUAGCAUCUGAGACUUAAAGUACUCUAUUGUCAAUAGUCCAAAGCUAUUUCUUGUUCUAACAAGCACCUUAAAAGUACCAAAGAAGUAUUAACUGUUAAUAAGUGAGCUGCAGUGAUAGAAGUACUUCAGUCAAACAUAAUUUUCUUUAUACCCUGCAGUGCCUAUACAUAAUCUAGGCUUAUAGAAUAUGAUUAUUAACCUUUCUGUUCAUGCUUCUGUCAGCUCUUCAGAAUCAAAGACUAAAUUAGCAAAUAAGAGUGAUCUAUUUUAAUAAAAAUACAUGCAAAGAUUAGCUAUCUUAACAUAUGAACAUACAUUUGCCAGAUA